GGAGGGGGCGGGGAGGGAAGCGGAGGUAGGGAGCGCUAGGCCGGCUGGCGGUGGCGGCGGCGGCGACGAGGCUGGGACUUGGGCUGAAAGCCUGCUGUGGCAGUAGCGGUGGACGCCAAGCUCAGCAGCGGGUUUCUCUGGAAACCCCCCUGGUAAGUGUGGAGGAGGCGGGACACUCUGACCCAAGACAAAAGGCCUCUAGCUCCAGCCAAAGAAAAUAAACCUUAGGAGGGAGAAGGAAAAAAAAAAAAAUCCAUCAGCUGUUCCUGAGAACAGCCUGCAGUGGAAUCUACAGAGAGGACAACUAAUGUGAGUGAGGAAGUGACUGUAUGUGGACUGUGGAGACAGUAAGUCACGUGGGCCCUCAGGGCCUGGACUGGGUUAGGAACAGUUGUACUUUCAGAGGUGAGGUGUCAAGAAGGGAAAAGUGAAUGUGGUCUGGAGUGUGGCCUUGGCUCCACAGGGUGUGCUUUCCUCUGGGGCCAUCAGGGAGCUCAACCCCUGUGUUCUGCCAGGGUGGGGUACAGGGUUUGGCACUGAGGAGGGUAACCUGCUGGCUGGAGCGGCAGAGCAGUGGCCUUGAUUUGUCUUUUGGAAGAUUUAAAAACCAAAAAGCAUAAACAUUCUGGUCCUUCAGCAAUGCUUUCUCUGAAGAAAUACUUAACGGAAGGACUUCUCCAGUUCACCAUUCUUCUGAGUCUGAUUGGGGUGCGGGUGGACGUGGAUACUUACCUGACCUCACAGCUCCCCCCGCUCCGGGAGAUCAUCCUGGGGCCCAGUUCUGCCUAUACUCAGACCCAGUUCCACAACCUGAGGAAUACCUUGGAUGGCUAUGGUAUCCACCCCAAGAGCAUAGACCUGGACAAUUACUUCACUGCCCGGCGGCUCCUCAGUCAGGUGAGGGCCCUGGACAGGUUCCAGGUGCCAACCACUGAGGUAAAUGCCUGGCUGGUUCACCGGGACCCGGAGGGGUCUGUCUCUGGCAGCCAGCCCAGCUCAGGCCUCGCCCUCGAGAGUUCCAGUGGCCUCCAAGAUGUGACAGGCCCAGACAACGGGGUGCGAGAAAGCGAAACGGAGCAGGGAUUCAGUGAAGAUUUGGAGGAUUUGGGGGCUGUAGCCCCUCCAGUCAGUGGAGACUUAACCAAAGAGGACAUAGAUCUGAUUGACAUCCUUUGGCGGCAGGAUAUUGAUCUGGGGGCUGGGCGUGAGGUUUUUGACUACAGUCAUCGCCAGAAGGAGCAGGAUGUGGAUAAGGAGCUGCGAGAUGGAGGCGAGCAGGCGGACACCUGGGCAGGCGAGGGUGCGGAAGCUCUGGCCCGAGACCUGCUAGUGGACGGAGAGACGGGGGAGAGCUUCCCUGCACAGGUGCCUGGUGGGGAGGACCAGACGGCCCUGUCCCUGGAAGAGUGCCUUAGGCUGCUGGAGGCCACCUGCCCCUUUGGGGAGAAUGCUGAGUUCCCAGCAAACGUCGCCAGCAUAACAGAAGCAGUGCCUAGUGAGAGCGAGCCCCCCGCUCUUCAAAACAGCCUCUUGUCUCCUCUCCUGACGGGGACAGAGUCACCAUUUGAUUUGGAACAGCAGUGGCAAGAUCUCAUGUCCAUCAUGGAAAUGCAGGCCAUGGAAGUGAACACAUCAGCAAGUGAAAUCCUGUACAAUGCCCCUCCUGGGGACCCACUGAGCACCAACUACAGCCUUGCCCCCAACACUCCCAUCAAUCAGAAUGUCAGCCUGCAUCAGGCGUCCCUGGGGGGCUGCAGCCAGGACUUCUCCCUCUUCAGCCCUGAGGUGGAGAACCUGCCUGUAGCCAACAGCUCCACACUGCUCCCGCUGGUCCCCAGCAACUCCACCAGCCUCAACUCCACUUUCAGCUCCACCAACCUGGCAGGGCUCUUCUUUCCACCCCAGCUCAAUGGCACAGCCAAUGACACAGCAGGCCCAGAACUGCCUGACCCACUGGGGGGUCUGUUAGACGAAGCCAUGCUGGAUGAGAUCAGCCUGAUGGACUUAGCCAUCGAGGAGGGCUUCAAUCCUGUGGAGGCCUCCCAGCUCGAAGAGGAGUUUGAUUCUGACUCAGGCCUUUCCUUGGAUUCCAGCCACAGCCCUUCCUCCCUGAGCAGCUCUGAAGGCAGCUCUUCCUCCUCCUCUUCCUCCUCUUCCUCUUCUUCUGCCUCUUCCUCUGCCUCUUCCUCCUUUUCUGAGGAAGGUGCUGUUGGCUACAGCUCUGACUCUGAGACCUUGGAUCUGGAAGAGGCUGAGGGCGCGGUGGGCUACCAGCCUGAGUAUUCCAAGUUCUGCCGCAUGAGCUACCAGGAUCCGUCCCAGCUGUCCUGCCUGCCCUACUUGGAGCAUGUGGGCCAUAACCACACGUACAACAUGGCCCCCAGUGCCCUUGACUCUGCUGACCUGCCACCACCCAGCACCCUAAAGAAAGGCAGCAAGGAGAAGCAGGCCGAUUUCCUGGACAAACAGAUGAGCCGGGACGAGCACAGAGCCCGUGCCAUGAAGAUUCCUUUUACCAACGACAAGAUCAUCAACCUUCCUGUGGAGGAGUUCAAUGAGCUACUGUCCAAGUACCAGCUGAGUGAGGCCCAGCUGAGCCUCAUCCGGGACAUCCGGCGUCGGGGCAAGAACAAGAUGGCAGCGCAGAACUGCCGCAAGCGCAAGCUGGAUACCAUCCUGAACCUGGAACGGGACGUGGAGGACCUGCAGCGUGAUAAGGCCCGACUGCUGCGGGAGAAGGUGGAGUUCCUCCGGUCGCUGCGGCAGAUGAAGCAGAAGGUUCAGAGCUUGUACCAGGAAGUGUUUGGGCGGCUGCGGGAUGAGAACGGGCGGCCCUACUCGCCCAGUCAGUAUGCGCUACAGUAUGCCGGGGAUGGCAGUGUUCUCCUCAUUCCCCGCACAAUGGCUGACCAGCAGGCCCGGCGACAGGAGAGGAAGCCAAAGGACCGGAGAAAGUGAGCCUGGGGAGGCAGGGGGUGAUGCUCACCAAGACUGAAACUUGAGAAGGGCUGGGCCUGGACCUGGACCUAGACCUACUGCGGGGACUUCAAUGCCUUCUUAUCCAAUAUAUCUUCUCAGAUGGGAUGACUGCGGGUCAGUGUACAGGAAGAGGCGGGCGCAGGCGCUGUCUGGCUCCACUUCCCCCCAGUGGGGUGGGUGGAAGUGGCCAAACCACCUGGGUGGUCGAGGUCCACCCUUACCCCUUUGUGGUGAGGAAUGUGUGGUGUCAGCGUUGCUGGAGGUAGAGGAGCAGCUAGUGUGGAGGCCAACAAAGGGAAGGGACUAGUGACAGGAAAGGAAAGGAGUAGAAAGUUUUAUUCCUAGAAUGGAAGGAAGGAAACCCAAAAAAUCAAAGCGGUCAGAAAAAUCACAGGGAAAGUUAAGGUGGGCUUUGGCCAGGAUUCCAGGCAACAGGUUUGAGCAACUCUGGUGGGUCUAGGUUACUGGUGUGAUAAACCCUAUUUCACCCCAGAGGGGUACACAGACACAGGGUGGGAUGGGGGAGGGGCUCUGUUAAACUCUUUCUGUUCCUUGCACUUUGGUAUCCCUGAAGGGGGGGGGCUCUUGGAUUUCAUCUGUGAUGUUUUGGUCAAAUGGGAGCCUUGGGGAACCAACACUGGCUUGUUGGUUUAGGGCCAGAGGGCAGAGGGAACAGAAGAGGGUCAUGUGUUGCAGUAGCCCCAACACCAAGCAUGUCACUCACUGCCCUGCCACUGCCAUCUCCCUCUGUGCUCCAGUUGCCCUGAGCUGAGGCUCCUAGUGUCUCCAUCAGAGCCUGCAUGGAAACGCCGUACUCUACCCACUGCUGCCCUGCUGCCGCCUUUGUGUUCCUGCCCCUCACUGGCUCCCUGCAGCUCUUUGGGAGUGGGGCACUCUGCUGGCUGGCAGUGCUUGGGACUGGGCCUACAGCUUCCUCUCUUGGGAGCUGCUCUGGAGGCAGGGGGAUGAUGUGGAGGGAGAAGCCAGCACUUCAGGCAGUGUUCAGCACAACUGGGGAGUGAUUCUUCCCUCAGGCCUUGGCCUAUCAACAACUGGUCUUGUCACUGGGGAGAAACAAAACCCCUACAAAACCCAGCAACAAGAAACUAGUCCUCAUAGAAUUUCUUGCGCUUUGUUUUUUAGGGCUUGUGCCCUGUUCCACUUAAAGGGUCUAGGAUGCUUGUGUUAAGUAAGGAGGAGAUGACCCACUAUUCAAAGCUGCUAAAUGUUCUCUUUGCCAUAAAAACUCCGUGUAACUGUGUGAACACUUGGGAUUUUUUUUCUCCUCUGUCCCCAGGUCUUGUCUGCUUUCUUUUUUGGGUUUCUUUCUAGGAGAAUGAGAAGUGCAUGUAAUGGGGGGCCGAGAGCACCUUCCCCCAGGCUCUCGGCCACAGGCAGCUUCUCCACAGCUCCAGCUUAGCCUGGGCUCCUGGAACACUGCCUGGGGGAGGCAGCAAGGGGAGCACCAAGUGGCCAGAUGGUUCCAGGACCACAAUGUCUAUUUGUAACUGUUUGCCACUGCUGCCCCCACCCCUGCUUGGCUCUGGAGUUCUGUCUGCCCCAGAUUAGCAGGAGUGAGUUAUGGGGGAAAGCACUGAUUCCUCUCCCCCCGUGGGGAGGGGGGAGUUUCUAACUGAGCAGUAGGGAUAGAAGGCGAGAGCCUGGGAGUGCUUUUUAUAAAUUAUUUUCCUUGUAGAUUUUAUUUUUAAUUUAUCUCUGUGACCUGCCAGGGAGAGGAGAGAAAGAGAGAUGCUGUGAGCACAUGACAAAAUAAAAUAAAAUAAAAUGGAUGAUUCA